CCAAGAGCAGACUGUGUCCCUGGAGGGGAUUAGACGGGGUUAAGAUAAAAAUUCCUCCACAAUAUUUAGCCUUUUGGGAGAAGGAAAAGCAUACCAGCAAAGCAGAGUGAGAAGAAACAUAUGGAAGCAGACAGACUGACUGACUCCUUCCCCUGCUGAAUUGAGUGGAAGUGCAUUUUCCUCAGUGAUUGCUGGAUAUCUGAGUGUUUCAUCUAACAUGGAGGUGCUGAGGAUUUUUCUCUUGCUGGAAGUUUCAGGUUUUAUUCCCAUUUUUUCCAGCGCUUCCCAGCCAGUCCAUUGCCGCUGGAAUUCCUUUGGCCCUUGGUCCGAAUGUGAUGGCUGUACUAAAAAACAGAUUCGGAGACGGACAGUAGCAGUUUAUGGCCAGUUUGGGGGAAAUCCCUGCUCUGGGGAUGCCAUUGAAACAAGGCAAUGCACUCCCACGCGAGGAUGCCCAACAGAGGACGGCUGCGGUGAUCGGUUCAGGUGUUUUUCAGGUCAGUGCAUUAGCAGAUCUCUUGUGUGCAAUGGAGAUCAGGAUUGUGAGGAAGAUGGUGCUGAUGAAGAUCAAUGUGAAGAGAAGAGGACUGUAUGUGAUAAUGAUAAAACACCUCCAAAUUCAGAACUUACAGGAACAGGCUUUGAUGCCAUUAGUGGUGAGACUAAGGGAAGAGUGAUUCAUACAAGAAGCUUUGGAGGACAAUGCAGGACGGUGUUUAGUGGUGACGGGAGAGAAUACUACAGGCUGAGUGAAAGCGUUCUCGCUUAUACAUUCCAAGUUAAAAUUCAGAAUGAUUUUAGUUAUGAGUUUUUCAACAGUAGCUGGUCUUACAUGAAGCACUCAGAGGGGCGUGAAAAAUCAAACAGCGGACACAAUUUUUCACAGAAAAAAAAUCUGCAAAACAGUCAAAAGAGUCAGCAGCUGUUGGUUAUUGAGAACACUGUGGAAGUUGCUCAGUUUAUUAACAACCGCCCAGACUUUCUCACUCUUGCGGAGCCAUUCUGGAAGGAACUCGCCAACCUCCCUGUUGUCUAUGAUUACAACACCUACCGAAGAUUUAUUGAACAUUUUGGGACUCAUUUUUUACACUCUGGAUCUCUAGGAGGACAUUACAAAAUUAUUUUUAAAAUGGAUACUGACAAAAUGAAAGCAGAAGGUCUGAGCAUAACAGACAUGUACAAGUGUACUACAUCAGGCUGGAAUGCAUUCAUUGUAAAGAAGAAGAAAACAGAAUGCUCCAAACUGGAUGAACUAUUACAAACUUCUUCAGGAAGUAGUGGCAAAAAGAUUAAAGGAGACCCUUAUAUAGAAGGAGGAAGCCCAGGUGGUGUUGCUGGCCUUAGUUAUCUAGAGCUGAAUAAUCCUGCUGGGAACAGUCAGAGAUACUCCUUUUGGGCUGGAUCAGUGACAAACUAUCCCAGAGUAAUUAAAAAAAAGCUGACACCACUGUAUGAGCUGGUAAAGGAAGUGCCCUGUUCCUCAGUUAAAAAGCACUACCUAAAACAAGCCAUUGAGGAAUAUAUGGCUGAAAACGAUCCCUGCAAAUGUCAUCCUUGCCAGAAUGGUGGUGAGCCAGCUGUGGAAGGAACUCAAUGUGUGUGUUACUGCAAGCCUUACACCUUCGGAGCUGCUUGUGAACUGGGAACUCUCGUGCAAGAUCAGCCAGGUGUUGUUGAUGGACACUGGAGCUGCUGGUCUUCCUGGAGUCCGUGUUCAGGGGGAAGGAAAUCAAGGAGUCGAACCUGCAACAACCCCUCACCACAGGGUGGUGGGAAGGCAUGCAUAGGAGAACAGCAUGAAAGCAGACCUUGUGAAGAUGAAGAGUUGCAACAUUUUCACCUAAUUGAACCACACUGCUUUGAUAUAUCCAUAAGUCCUACAGAAUUCUGUACACCUCCUCCUCUCUUGGAAAAUGGAUUUGUUCAAAAUGCUGAAAACUUAUACCCUGUUGGGAAAAGCAUUGUUUACACUUGCAGAGAUGGAUACUCUCUCGUUGGUGAUCCUGUUGCUAAGUGUGGCAGUAAUUUACAGUGGCAAACUGGAGACAGAUAUUGCCAGAAAACCGCUUGUCUCCUACCUGCCCUGGAGGGGGGUUUGCAAGGAGAGCCAUGGAAACCUUUAUACGAGAUCGGUGAGAGAGUGACUCUGUCCUGUCCACGUGGCAUGCGCUUAGAAGGGGCAGGCUCCAUUUUGUGUGAGCCCAGUCUCAAGUGGUCUCCUGACAUGAUGACUAUCCAGUGCAAGAGACCGGCACCCAGUGUGAAACCAGAAGUGACAGAGCCUAAAUGUCAGCCAUGGGAGAAAGUGCAGCAGUCACAAUGCGUGUGCAAAAUGCCCUAUGAGUGUGGUCCUUCCCUGGACGUCUGUGCUACAGAUCAAAGAACGAAGAGAAACACACUUUUAACUGUUUGCAAGAUGCAUGCGUUGGAGUGCACGGGCAGAAAAUAUUCUCUUACUGAUGUAGAAAACUGCAAAAUACCUCAGGCAGCUGAAAAAUCCUGUGGAUCAUGCCGUUCAUGGGAAAAAUGUGAUGCCCAAUCCAACAGCUGUGUCUGCCGUGAAGACGGGCAGUGUGAGGAAGGAGGCAUUCGGAUUUGUGCUGAAGUAAGCAGGUCUGCUGUCCGUCAGACCAUGACUGAAUGUCAGGUGGGGCUUCACAAGUGCCGGGGGGAGACUGUCACCCUUGUCAGCAUAAAGCCUUGUGACAUUCAAAGCAAAUAAGGCAUAUUAUGGUUCAUUUUGCUCAUUGCCAUGGGAUAUGUCAAAAUGCGUCAACUGCUGGGCAGUAAUAUACUUCAAAUCUUGCUCUCUCAUGUAUAAGCUCGGCCAUGAAGUCCACCACUGCUGAUGAGAUUAUGUUCAUUGGCUCUGAAUCAGGGUUCUUCAUUACGCAGAGCUACACUAACCACUCACACAAGGGCUCUUAUCCUAGACUCUGACUUAGCAUUGGUAAGUUUACUUUGCAUCUCCCUCAGAAUUAAAAAAUAUUCCUGAACUGCAACCACCAAAGUAGUAUUUAUAGUAAUGUAAUGUAAUAUAGUGUCUAGCACUUGUAAAUAUAUUUUUCUUAAAGUCACACAAACAUACUUCUGCACUGAUUAGAUUUAGAUUCUAAGAAAAGAAUAAGCUUUACAAAAUAAGACAUACGAUUCUUCUCUUUUUUAAUAGAGUAACUUCUUUCUACUUUGCCUUAUUCUGCUGAGCAAAAAGUACGCACAGCAUUGAACUUGUCACUGUGCCCGAAGCCUUUAAAGGUCAAACAAGGUGCAUUAAUAGUAAAUGCAGCUUAAAAUAAUGAAAAGAAUUCUUACGCUCGUGGCUUCUUGUACACAGACCCACCUCAUGAAAACCUGCCCAUUUAUGUUGUCAUAACCAACACCAAGAGCUAAAUUUGU